CGAAGAGUUAUAUGUAGCUCAAUAUAAGAACCAAAAAUUUGAUUGCCUUGUUCAAUCAGCGCGAUGCUCUCUCAGUUUCUAGUUGACGUGGCCCAGCUAGUUAGCCUCUUUGCGGAUAGUGUUUUCUAUGGGCUUCUAUCUGAUAACAUUUUUCUCGUGUUUUCAUGAGCUUCUGACCACCAGCGACGGUAGCCUCAAGUCCAGGCACAUUAUCAAUUACAAGAUGGUAGCUGCAUCGCUUUGGAUGUUAGUCUUUUCGACUCUACAAGUCGCUUGCCACCUCCGCUUCGUUCUCGAUGCUUUCACCCACUCAGAGAGCAUCGAAACAUUAUAGGAUAUAUCGAAUCCAGUUAAUGUUCUACAGUUGGUCACUUUUGUGGCGCAGACAUUCAUGGAAGAUUGUAUUCUUCUCUACAGAUGCUGGGUUAUAUAUGAUAGACGAUGGAUGAUUGUCAUUUGCCCGAUAAUCAUGUGCAUCGCUGAGACAGGUCGUGACUCUGCCACCACAGAUCCAUCACUUUUUCCCUUCAUCAUAACGCUUGGGUCUCUAACACUAGUUAUUAAUAUCAUCCCAACAGCUCUCAUUGUGUUCUGCAUCUGGACAAUCCACAGUGCUGUCAGGCAGCUUAUUCCAUUGACCAAGAACCAUCCAUUAAGAAAUACGCUUGUUGUUUUGAUCGAAUCAGCGUCGAUAUAUACUGCCUCUGUGGUCAUUCCGCUUACAGUCUAUGCGCUCCGGAGUAGUGCAGGCUACGUUGUUUUCGAUUCUAUAGUCAAAUCAUCGAAAUUACUUUCAAUCUGAUCCUCAUACGAUUCGCGAGGGGCAUGGCAGUAAGGCCGAUGGAAGAGACGAUUACAUCUCUCAGGGUAUCUCUCUGGAGGAUGGUGCAAAGAAUCAUUUUCGAAAAUUCAAUAUCACCCGAGUCAAACCUACCUAAUGACAGUAACACUAAAACGAUAUAUGAUGCUGAAGAAGAUUGUCAUGAAGUCUAACCAAUUG